UGAUAGCUGACGUUCUUUUUCUGAAAACAUAAAUACCAUUUUGCCGGGAUGAUGCGUUUAGCUAUGUGAUUUAUUUCAACACCAAAAUUUUAAGUUUUUGCCGACGGCGAUGUAAUAGAGCUGAUGGCGAGCAGCGGCGGCAUGGACGACGAAGAGAAGAAGAAGAAAAAGCUAAAUGAUGACGUCGUCGUGUUCCUUCGAAAGCGUAGUGAGACCGAGUCGCCGCGGUAUACAGCUCGGCUGAAAGGGUAUGUGAAUCUGCAGCACAAGCGGAAGCGGGCGACAGAGGCGCGCCGGCGGUCGGAGCAGCCAGUGCAGGACAAGGCGAAGAAACCAGACGAGACUAAGGAUAAGGAUAAUGGAAUCGAUAGAGUGCGAAGUCGUUCGAUUUCAAAAUCUCGAUCUGCAGAGCCUGUGGACAGGUGCGGCAGACGUCGCCGUCGCCGCAGACGCCGCAGCUGCCGCCGCCGUCGCCGCAGACGCCGCAGACGCCGCAGCUGUCGCCGCCGCCGCCGUAGCUGCAGUCGCCGCCGCCGUCGACGCAGCUGCCGCCGUAGACGCCGUCGUCGCCGUCGCAGACGCUGCUAGCGUCGCAUUGUAAAUUUUGUAUAUGUCUCAAAAUUUUAGUAAUAACGUUUUUUUUAUGAUUUUCUUUUUAAUAUUUUAUGUCAUGAAUAUAAUAUUUUCGAAUUUGCAGUUUU